AUAUUUUAUUUGUAAACAAUUUUAAUAUACUAACAUAUUAAACUGGCAUGAUUAAUGCUGUUGUUUUCUAUUUGUCUGUGUAAAAAUAUGGGAGGGAAGGAAGGAGAGAGAGAGAGAGAGUGAAAUGUUGAAAAAUAUCUAGUUUGGUUUUCUCUCUCUCUUGCUUUUAGGCUUUAGGCUUUCACUACUAAUACUCCUAAGCUCUCUUAGUUUAAGACAUUGCCUUCACAUCCCAAAACACAAAUGCAAAGCUUUGUCUCCUCCCUCCCUUCAAAGUCUUUCAUUACAAAACCCUAAUAUCUCUAAUCUUCUCUUUAAGGGUUUCUAUUUGGUUGAUGCUCAUAACUAUAGCUUCAACAGAGUUUCUGAACUUUAAUUUUGAAGCAUAGUAAGAUCAAGGUUUGCUGCUUUUAGUUGUGAAGUUUCUCUGUCUCCAAACCAAGAAACAGAUUGCAGAAAAUAAAAGAAAAGCAAAAAGGUUUUUGAAGAAGACCCAAUUAAAAACAAGAUGGAAAUUGCAAGUCAAGAAGAUCAUGAUAUGCCCAUCCCAUUAAACACUACAUUUGGUGGUGGUGGUAAUGGUAGUCAUGGUCAUAUGAUUCAUCAUCAUCAUGAGCUUCAUGCCCCUAAUUCUGCUCCUCCAACUCACAACAACAUUACUACUCAACCACCACAAAUGCCGCUACAUGGCAAUGGUCAUGGCAACAACUAUGAUCAUCAUCAUCAUCAACAAGAUCCUCAUCAUGUGAGUUACAACGCCAUCAUCAAGAAGCCUAUGAUAAAGUACAAGGAGUGUCUCAAGAACCAUGCAGCAGCUAUGGGAGGCAAUGCUACUGAUGGGUGUGGAGAGUUUAUGCCAAGUGGUGAAGAUGGCUCUAUUGAAGCUCUCACUUGCUCAGCUUGCAAUUGCCACAGAAACUUCCACAGAAAAGAAGUGGAAGGCGAACCUGCAGCCACCGCCAUGUCUCCUUACCACCAACAACCGCAUCCACCGCGAAAACUGAUGCUCAACCACCACAAGAUCAGAUCAGCCAUGCCGCACCAAAUGAUCAUGCCAAUUGGAGUUUCUAACUACCGGUACAUGCAUAACAACUCCGAGUCCGAGGACUUUAUGGAGGAAGAUGGCAUAACCACCGCUUCUAGAUCGCUACCACACCCACCAUACAACCAGAAGAAAAGGUUUAGGACGAAGUUCACGCCGGAACAGAAGGAGAAGAUGCUGAAUUUUGCUGAGAAAGUUGGGUGGAAGAUACAAAGACAAGAAGAUUGUGUUGUUCAAAGGUUUUGUGAAGAGAUUGGAGUGAAGAGAAGAGUCCUUAAGGUUUGGAUGCACAACAACAAGCUACAUUUCUCCAAGAAGAACAAUAAUAGCAACAUUAACCUCGAGGACAACGACAACGAAAAGAGCAACAAUCUGAACAAUGUUGAUCUGUCCGCUAAUAACGACAUCAUCACUAAAAUCGUUCCAUGAUGUGAUAAUUAAGUAACGUUAUUUUAAUAUGAUCUAUAUAUGAUUAUUAUUUAGCUAUUGUUAUCUUAGCUAUUUAGGGUUCUAAUUUUAUUUUCUAGCUGGUUUGGUUUUAUUUAUAUACAUAAACUCAUUUCGCUAUCAGCUGAUCCAUGGAUUUUAUAUA